AUGUCCGACAAACCUUUGCCGCCGCCGCAACCCCUCAACCAGUCUCUUCCGCCUCUACCUCCCCUUCAGACGAAAGAGCUCCCCAAGAUGCACAUAGCCCGCCGCCCAGUCGCCGCAACGAAGCCUGUCGCCCCUCCCAAGCCCCAGCCAGAGGAACACUCGCCCACUGGAUCUAUCGGAAGUCUGCUGUCGGCGUACUCGAGGAGUUCAGGAGAGUCCCUCAUGGCCAAGUCACCAUCAACCCAGCGAGACUCGGCCCCGAUGUUUCCCUCUGACCAUGAGGGGACAACAAAAGAGGCAAAGGUCUUGACGCCCACCUCAGUGUCAUCCGUCGACAAUGAGGCUUCCUACUCCCGCCUCGGCGCACCAAACCUCACACACAACAAAGGCCUGCCGCCGUCUCCUGCCUAUGCCCGCGAGCAGGGCCCUCCUCCUCCGGCAAAGGCAGCGGCUGGCGGUGGUGACAGCCCAACCAGCUUCACAUCCACCUCGUCCCAGCAGCAAAGGCCUCUCUGGAGGAGGAGAUCUGUAAAAUCUGACCGCAAUAUAGAGGUACCCGAUCUAAAACUGGCAAACCUGCCCUCCACGCAAGAACCGACAGAAGAAAUGGGCCAGGAGGCGUCGCGACUGCGCGAGAAGGUCUCGCACGUCCGCGGGCAGAAUCAGACUAACGGCGCGAACGUCGGAGCCUCACACAGCGAUACCGCGCUCUCGCCCUCCCAGCGCCUGCCGACGCCCGACUACGAGAAGGAAGACGUCAAGGCGCCCGUCGUCGACACCGUCGUCUCGCCCAUCUCCCCGGCCUCGUCCCCGGAGCCCGCCGCUGCCGAGCAGAAUCAGCAGCCGCAGCAGCCCGUCCCGCGCAAGGCAGUCACAACGGACCGCAACAACGUCCAUAAUGCAAAAAGCCUCCCGCAGAUGCGUGUCGACCCGCCCACAACCAACAGCGAGGCUCCCCCGACCAUCACCAGAGACUUCGCCGUCAGUCCCAUCAGCCCGGAGGCGCAACAGGGCCAGUUCCCUGCUCGCAACUCGUCCAAUCAGCAGCAGCAGCAGCCACCCCAACAGCAGCAGAGGGGUCAAUGGCUUCCUGCAGCUCGGGAGUAUGCUGCGCAGGGUGGCGACAUGCGCCGGGACCAGCGACCGGGCCAGGAACCCGUCGAGUACCGCGAGAUAAAGGAGCAGCAAGACAUGCCCGCCGACCCGCGCGCGUCCUUCUUCCCCAUCACCACCCCGGAGCCGCCCAGCCCGUCCAUCGUGUACAGCGCCCGCCCCAUCAAGGAUAGCAUGUUCGACUGCUACGCCCGCCACCGCACCGUCGACCGCACCCGCAACCGCAACUACGCCCUCAGCUGCCAGACCUGCGGCAAGGCCGACACCGAGGACCGCUUCAAGUGCCAGUGGUGCUAUGUGCGCAUGUGCGCGUCGUGUCUGACCGUCUUCAACCGCAACGGCAGAGAUCUCCGCCAGCUCCUCGCCCACCUCGAGAGCAACCCGCAGAGCAGCGGCGACGUUGACGGAGCCAACAACAGCAACGAGGCAGCCACAUCGGAAGAGCACUUGACUGUGCAACAACAGCCUGCCGAUGGACAGCAGUAUCACCAUCAGCAGCCGUACCACCCUCAGAUGGUCGCAGCCUAA